GUGAUGGAGGAGGACCUUCUAAUGAGGAAGGAAAUCAACAGGAGAAGUCUGAGACAGACCAGAGUCACCAUGAGGACUUGUCCUCCAUAUUCACAGUGCUUGAGGAGACUGUCAUCAGGUUUGUGAAGGAAGAACUGAAGAGGAUGAAGAGGAUUCUGAGUUCAGAUUUCCCAGAAGGCUUAGAGAGUCAGAGGGAGGACCAGGAAGUGGUGGACCCUGAAUAUCAGAAGCAGGAGAGCAGUGCCAGAGAGGGAGCUCUGAAGAUCACACUGCACAUCCUAAGGAACAUGAACCAGAUGGAGCUGGCUGACACUCUGGCGAAAAGAGAGCUUCCUCAUCAUAAACUCUCACAGAAACUCAAAUCUAAACUGAAGAAGAAGUUUCAGAAUGUCUUUGAGGGCAUAACUCUGCAAGGAAACCCAACUCUUCUCAAUAAGAUCUACACAGAUCUCUACAUCACAGAGGGUGAGAGUGUAGAGGUCAAUAAUGAACAUGAGGUGAGACAGAUUGAGACAGCAUCCAGGAAAUCAGCAAGACCAGAAACAGCCAUCACAUGCAACAACAUCUUUAAACCCUCAGCUGGACGAGACACACCUAUCAGAAUUGUUCUGACAAAAGGAGUUGCUGGCAUCGGAAAAACUGUGUCUGUGCAGAAGUUCAUCACAGACUGGGCUGAGGGACUUGCCAAUCAGGAAAUCCACUUCAUCUUUCCUCUGCCGUUUCGAGAGCUGAAUUUGUUGGAUGGAGAAGAGUUCAGUCUGAUGGAACUUGUCCAUCACUUCUUCUCGGAAACCAGAGAAUCAGGAAUCUCCAACUACGACAUGUACAACAUUUUGUUUGUCUUUGACGGUCUGGAUGAGUGUCGACUGCCCUUAGCCUUCAAAAAGAACAAGAGCUGGUGUGAUGUCACAGAGUCCACCUCAGUGGAUGUGCUGCUGACCAACCUGAUAAAUGGAAACCUGCUUCCCUCUGCUCUCAUCUGGAUCACCACUCGACCUGCAGCAGACAAUCAGAUCCCUUCAGAGUGUGUUGACCUGGUGACAGAGGUACGAGGGUUCAAUGACCCACAGAAGGAUGAGUACAUCAUGAAGAGAUGCAGUGAUAAGAUCCUGGCCAAGAGAAUCAUAUCACACAUCAAGGCGUCAAGAACUCUCUACAUCAUGUGCCACAUACCAGUCUUCUCCCUAAUGUGUGUGACCGUUCUGGAGCACAUGCUGAGAACAGAGAAGAAAGAGAAGAUGCCCAAGACCCUGACUGAGAUGUACACAGCCUUUCUGGUGUUACAGACCAAACAGAAGAAGGUGAAGUAUCAUGGGAAAACUGAGACCGAUCCACACUGGGAUGAAGAGAGCAUUAAGAGCAUUCUGUCACUGGGAAAACUGGCCUUCCACCAGCUCAACAAAGGCAACCUAAUUUUCUAUGAGAAGGACCUGACAGAGUGUGGCAUUGAUGUCCAUGAUGCCUCAGUCUACUCAGGAGUCUUCACACAGAUCUUCAGAGAGGCUGGUAAAGUCUUCCAGGAGAAGGUGUUCUGCUUUGUCCAUCUGAGCUUUCAGGAGUUUCUGGCUGCUGUGUUUGUGUUUCUCUCAUUCAUCAACAACCAGCAGAAUCUGAUGUCUCAGUCCACCUCAGUCACAUCUGACAUCCACCCCUACAAGAGUGCUGUGGACAAGGCCUUGCAGAGUAAGAAUGGACACCUGGAUCUUUUCCUCCGCUUCCUCCUGGGCCUCUCAAUGGAGUCCAAUCAGACUGACUUACGAGGCCUACUGACUCAGACAAGAAGCAACACGCAGAGCCAUGAGGAAACAGUCAAGUACAUCAAGGAGAAGAUCAGAAAGAAUCCCUCUCCAGAGAGAUGCAUGAAUCUGUUCCACUGCCUGAAUGAACUGAAUGACCAUUCUCUGGUGGACGAGAUCCAACACUACCUGAGCUCAGGAAGUCUCUCCAGUGAGAAGAAGCUCUCAUCAACACAGUGGUCAGCUCUGUUCUUUGUGUUGCUGACUUCAGAAGAGAAGAUGGAUGUGUUUGACCUGAAAAUAUACUCCAGAUCAGAGGAAGGUCUUAUGAGGCUGCUGCCAGUGGUCAAAGACUCCAAAACUGCUCUGAUGAAUGACUGUAACCUCUCAGAACGGUGCUGUGAAGUGCUGGCCUCAGCUCUCCCCUCCUCAGAUCUGACAGAGCUGGACUUGAGUAACAAUCAUCUGAAGGAUGCCGGCAUGAAGCUGCUCUCUGCUGGACUGAGGAACCCACACUGCAAGCUGGAGACACUGAGGCUGUCAGGCUGUGACAUCACAGAGGAAGGCUGUGCUUCUCUGGGCUCAGUGCUGAAGUCAGCCUCCUUCCUGACACAACUGGAUCUAAGUAACAAUGAUCUGAAGGAUGCCGGCAUGAGGCUGCUCUCUGCCAAACUGGGGACCCCACUCUGCAAACUGGAGACACUGAGGCUGUCAGGCUGUGACAUCACAGAGGAAGGCUGUGCUUCUCUGAGCUCAGCUCUGAAGUCAGCCUCCUUCCUGAGACAACUUGAGCUAAGUAACAAUGAUCUGAAGGAUGCCGGCAUAAAGCUGCUCUCUGCUGGACUGAGGAACCCACUCUGCAAACUGGAGACACUGAGGCUGUCAGGCUGUCACAUCACAGAGGAAGGCUGUGCUUCUCUGAGCUCAGCUCUGAAGUCAAUCUCCUUCCUGACACAACUGGAUCUAAGUAACAAUGAUCUGAAGGAUGCUGGCAUGAAGCUGCUCUCUGCUGGACUGGGGAAUCCACUCUGCAAACUGGAGACACUGAGGCUGUCAGGCUGUCACAUCACAGGGGAAGGCUGUGCUUUUCUGAGCUCAGCUCUGAAGUCAGCCUCCUUCCUAAGACAACUGGAGCUAAGUAACAAUGAUCUGAAGGAUUCAGGCAUGAAGCUGCUCUCUGCUGGACUGGGGAAUCCACUCUGCAAGCUGGAGACACUGAGGCUGUCAGGCUGUCUGGUCACAGAGGAAGGCUGUGCUUCUCUGGCCUCUGCUCUGAGGUCCAAUCCCUUCCACCUGAGGGAACUGGACCUGAGCUACAAUCAUCCAGGAGAAAAAGGAUUGAAGCUGCUCUCUGCUGGACUGGAGGAUCCACACUGCAGACUGGAGAAACUCAAUGUGGAUCAUGGUGGAGAGUGCAGGAUCAAACCUGGUCUUAGGAAAUAUGCCUGUGAGCUCACACUGGACCCAAACACAGCACACAGAGACCUCUCUCUGUCUGAGGAGAACAGAAAGGUGACAAGAGGGGAAGAGAAGCAGCCGUAUCCUGAUCACCCAGAGAGAUUUUACAUCUCUGAACAGGUUCUGUGUAGAGAGGGUCUGUCUGGGCGCAGUUACUGGGAGGCAGAGUGGAGUGGAAAAGGGGUUUAUAUAGCAGUGACAUAUAAAGGAAUCAGCAGGAGAGGAGUGGGUUUUGACUGUAGGCUUGGACACAAUAGCAAGUCCUGGAGUCUGUACCGUGAUGAUAACAGUUACUCUGCCAGGCACAAUAAGAAGAGAACUGUCAUACCUGCCCCCCCCUCCAGCUCCCACAGAGUAGGAGUGUAUCUGGACUGGCCGGCCGGCACUCUGUCCUUCUACACAGUCUCCUCUGACACGCUGACCCACCUGCACACAUUCCACAGCACAUUCACUGAGCCUCUCUAUCCUGGUUUUUUUGUUUAUUCUGACUCCUCAGUGUCCCUGUGUCAGGUAGAAUAGCCCACACACACACUCUCACACUGCUCAUAUACUGUAUAUGUCAGUGAAGAUUGAACU